UUCUUCUUUGUAUUGGCAUUUUACUUGUUAAUUAUUUUCUUUUCUAUUUUACCACGUGUUCCCUUUUCUGUUCGAGAUCCCUCCGCCCUGUAUUUGCGAUAGCUGUUCUUGCGAGACCCUGGGCCAUUUUCGUGGCCCGGUACGUCACAAUAUGUAUAUGUUACAGUUAAUAACCCCAUGGAAGGGUGUCGGUCGUACCAGGAAGAAUGACCUUUUUGUCGUCAUUCCAGCUCAGUGCUAUUGUUUUCUGUUGUACGAUCCUUAGCCCUGACGUAUCUGUUGGAGCAUUGAGCUACGCCACCUCGGAUACAUCUCUCGAUAAACAACAACAUCUCUACAUCAGUCAGCAGUUCAAGUUCAACACCCUUACAAGAGUAUCACUGAAUGAUGAAUUAAUGAGAGAAAUAAUAUUGGAAUUUUCAAAUUACAAUUUUUCUAAAUUGGUCGAUGAGAAAGACAUCGCCCUAUCAUUUGUAACAACAGAGAACAUCUCAUUAUGUACACAUGAUACCAACAUCGAAGAGAAUAUAAUACAACAAAUGACAAAAAUGGAAAAUCCAUUUCUGAUAAAGGCUUUAGAGAAAUAUUUGCCCUUUAAUAUGGUUCAAAAAGACAAGAUAAAUGGGUUGAUUUCCAACAAAUUUUCAAAUGCGCAGUUGGAGCAUGAUAUAUAUUAUAAGCUUAAGAAAAUGUCAGAAUUCGUUCUUCCGUGCGGAAAAGUCUUAAAAAAUACAUUAUCUAGAAUUUUGAUUUUACGAUAUAGUGGAACAAGUAAACUAGUUAAAGAUAUCAUGUUAAAGGAACAUAAAUUAGACGUACACUUGAAGAUCGUGAGAAGUGUAUACAUGAUGGAAAUGGGUCACGUCAUGAACAAAUUCUGUAAAAUAAUAUUUACAGAGAUUGAAACAAAUGCUACGUGGAAUAACUCGAACUUUUUGACUAGUAUUCUUGAAGAAAUUCUCUCUCAGGAGUGGUCCGAGUCAAACUCACGCUGGUCUAUUAUUACUGAUCCUGUUCUAACGUAUCAAGUUCUGCGAGCUAUUGACGGUAUAACGUUACAUUAUGCAAUUGAUUGGCCUGUGAGCAUGUUUCUCAAUGAAGAAACACUUAAAAUGUAUAAUGAAUUAUUUCAAUUUCAACUAAAAUUAAAGUGGGCUCUUUGGACAUUGGAGAACUUAAAAUUCAGCGAUCUUGAAGGUUCAAAAUUAACGAACAUUAUCAACAAAGUUGAUAACUUUUAUGCUAAACGCCUGCAAUGCUUACGUUUUUGGUUAAUACAUGCAAUAGGAUCUGUACACAGUUAUGUAACCGGGCAAGUCCUACAAGGAUUAGGUUUUGUAUUGGAAAAAACACUAAAUGAAGUUAACGAUCUUGACACCAUAAUAGCAGUUCACAAUAAAUACUUACAGAAAAUGCGUGUGCAUUGUUUUCUGACGCUAGAAUUUCGAGACCUGAUGGUAACAAUAAAUAAUCUAUUUUACAUGUGCGUUCACGUGCAAAAUAAAUGGAAGAGUGAUGCCUCUGCAACAUUCACUAAUUUGAAGGAACUUGAUUUAAUGGAAAGCGCUUAUGUCAACUACCAUACCCAUUUCGCUUUGGCAUUGCAUAAUGCGGUGCAACAUAAGGAUGCGGACUACUGUGAGUAUACAAUGUUAUAAAUAGAAGUACAGACC